AUGACUCUGGGCCAGACUGUGACGGGCGCGGAGCCCUGCACGGUAUCGCCCGAGGACGUGGAGGCCAUGGCGGUGUAUCUCGACGUCCCCGUGCAGCGCGGUCGGCCGGCCGGGUAUCAUGUCCUGGAGGUGGCCAAGGAAGCGGCUUGCGCGCCCGUCCUGCCGCCCUGGGAGCAGCGGACGGCGGAGAACGGAAAUGCGGUGUUCUACAAUAGCGAGACGCAAGAGACGAGCGAACGGCAUCCACUAGACGCGAAGUACCUUCGUUUGGCGGGUAUAUGGAAGAGGCGCGGCGCCAAGCAGGGCCAGGGCCGCUCGUGGAUGCUGUUCAAGGGCAGGGACGGCGCGCCGGACUACUACUACGACUUCAAGACGGGCAACACCGCCGAGGAGGUGCUCCCCGAGAAGGUCAUUCCGCCCGUGCCGCGGGCCCUCAUCCCGCGCUUUGCCAAAACCACGCCCACGCGGGGUGAGACGGCGGCCGCGGCAACGGAAGGCGGCCCGGGCCUCCCGCCGGGCAAGUCGCGCGCGCUGCGCCCGCCCCCGCCCGAGGUUGCGGUCCUGCGGCUGCGCACGUGGGGGCGCCGCUUCAACAAGGAGGGCAGGGGGGUGUUUCACGACAACGGGGAGGUGCUGCACGAGGGCCUGAUGCAGGUGGUGCACGACGUGCAGUUCGACAUGGCGACGAGGAUGGUCACGGUGCGCGACAGCGAGGGGCAGGAAGUCGCGUCGGGGGAGGCGCAGGCCAUGGACGGGUCGCCGUGCGAGUGCUGGGACAUGUACGUGGGCGGCACGAUCUGCAUCGGCGACAGGAAGUUCACGCUCAUGCAGGCUUCCGCGGAGACGCAGAAGUGGAUCGACGCGCACGGGGAGAUUCUGUUGAUGUGGCGCGAGACGCUGCUCGCGGCGGCGACCAAGUACACACGGCGGGCGCAGGAGAACCGCGUGUCGUGCAAGGUCCCCUCGGGCGGCGGGAAGGCGCCGCUGCGGCUGCUGAUCCGGCAGCUCGAGUUGCUGCUCGACGAGCACGAGGAGCACCGCCCGCAGCAGGCGGAGAGCUGGCAGGACCGCCUCAGUGUCUAUUUUGGGGAGUAG